CUGGCACAGAUGAGUGGGAAAAAGUCUGAUAUCAUCCAUACGCCUACGCUCCAUUCCGUUCUUCCUCUUCUGCAGACACUCGAGACUCUAGGAAGAUAAUGGAGGAAGCACAAACGGCACCGUAAACUCGACGCGCUUCCCUCCGCUAACUUGUAGGAUUGGUAUGAGAAAAUUUUUAUUGACCGUGGCGUGGUUACGCAUGUUGCCGUCUCUUCGGCAGAUUUUUUCAUCACUAGGAGCGCUGAUGUCUUUUAUGCCCUGUACCUGCAUUCAAGAUAUUGGAGGAGUUCCAACCAUGAGAAUGGUGUCAACACUUCAAAAUAAUAAGGCGGGACAAAUAAGACUGUAUACUGUAAAGAGAGUCUCAUCUUCUGUGUCAACUACUAUUCAGGAUAUUGGUUAUGCCUUUGUGGUUCUAACCGGAGUUGGACGGAUGGACUUGAUUGUAAAAGGUUGGCAAGAUUUUGGGUCUAGAAAACCGGUUCUAAAUUUGACACCUUCUCCUUCGAAAUUGGAGUACAUAUUCUUUCACAAUGUUUUCUCUCAAGGCAAGAAAAUGGCGGAGACUGAUGUCAAGCAACAAAUCAAGGACUACGUCCAGACCAUGCAUGAGCAGGGUAUAUUGGACCACAAUUUUGAGAAUGUGCAAAAUUUGCAGUGCCAAGAAAAUCCUCACUUUGUUCUGGAAAUCAUCGACAUGUUCUGCCGUGAUGCAGAAAUUUGCAUAGCAGAAAUGGCCAAAUAUGUGGAUGAGCCUGUUGUAGACUAUGCCAAGGUGACUGGUUUUAUCCACCAACUGAAGGGAAGUAGCUCAAGCGUCGGUGGUUGUCGGAUUGUCGUUGCCUGUCGUGAGCUUCGAAAAGCUACUGAAAACAAAAUGAAGGAAGGGUGCCUUGAAGCCUGCAACAAGAUCAAACGUGAAUACUUCGUUGUUCGUGACAAUCUCAAUGCCAUAGCAAAGAUGGAGAGGUCAAUCCAUACUGAUGACGCCAUGGCAGGCAUCUUCUGAAGAUCUGGUAGUAUUUGUGCUGUCAGCGCCGCAUCUAUUGAAUAUCAAACUUUCUGUUAAGCCUUAAGUAAUAAGCUCAUCUAUAAGUGAGAAUGGUGUCUGUGUGAUAGUCCAGUGUCUUGUUCCCCAAGUAAGCAAAUUCACUAUAAGUGAACAUGGUGUCUGUUUCUGAGCAGUCCAGUGUCUUGUUUGUUCUGUUAUCUGUUUUCAUCAGUGCUGUCUGUAUCAGCUACUGUACUAAAAUAUAAAAGUGCUUCCUUACCUUAUUAUCUAAUGCCGGGGUUUGAGUAAUUAGUUUA